CGUUGCUCUUUCACAUCCUAGUCCUGCCGAGUCCCGGCUAGUUUAGAAAGACACCCCUCGCCGAAAAUGCAGUCCGUCCUGCGCUCGAGCGCCUCGGCGCUGACCAACCCCAUGAUGGGCAACAAGAUGUCCUACCGUGUGUCCGCGGCCCCCGUGCCGACCACCACUGCGUUCCGCGAGGUGACCACCAUGGCCAAGAAGAAGGGCGUGCGGCUCAUCGUCACUAUUGAGUGCACUGAGUCCAAGGGCGAGGGCGCCACCCCUUCGCGCUACUGCACCCAGAAGAACCGCAAGAACACCCCUGAGCGCCUGGAGCUGAUGAAGUACAACCCCAACCUGCGCCGCUACACCCUCCACAAGGAGGUCAAGUAAACGCGCGGACGGACGCAGCGGCGUAGGUCUAUGGCGGAGCUCGGGAGCCUGGCGUGCUGCCGGCGGCUGCAGUAGUCACAACAGCAGCUGGGAAGCUUUCUUACAGCGAGAGCUGGAGCUUGCGGCGGCAUGCGGCUUGUGGUCGCCUGGCGGCGGAGCAUGGCGAGGGGAGGGGAGGAGAGGCGGAGCAUAUGGAUGGCGGAGCUGCGGCGGCGGCCUGGCGACGGCGGAGAGCUUCUUUCCAGUGCGUGAACAGCUCUUUUAAAAGCUGCUCGUGGGCGCCGUGGAGCAGGAUGGAAGGUAGGGUGGGAGGCGGCAAUGAGGCAGUGGGCGCAGGCGCUCGGCUGGCUUGUUCGGAGAUAGGUGCUCGGCGGGCGAGGCCUAUCAGUGAUUGCCCGCCUACGCCCGGGGUCGCUGCAGAUGGAUUUGUUUGUCUUGGUGACGAGACAUAGCAGCUUUAGUUUGUAGGUAGUUUGGAACCAGCAGCCCGCGUUAUGUGCUUGAGGAGUUGAGUCUCUGUAGCACGUGCGGCGUGUGAGACGGUGUGGCGUUGCUGCCGCGCUGCGGAGUGCCCUUGCCGCCGGCGAUUUUGCCUUUUUGUCCAGCUGGCAUUGCCGGGCGCCCGCGGCGGGGAUGUGCACGCCACCCGUCGUGGCAGUGGGGGGAGAAGCUGGUCCUGCGGGUUGCCGUGGUGGCUGCGGUGUGUGAAGGAUGCGUUGGAGGACGCCACAAGGAAGACAUGACCUGGAUGUGGGUACCUCGAAAAGUUUGGCGUAAUGUAAAUGCCUACGUGC